AUGCCUACUCUCGACGGGCAAGAUGACCUUUUGGAUGAGCUUAUCCUAGCCAAACAGUGGAAGCAAGCCUUGAGUCUGUGUGAGAAGAAGCUGAAGAAGGCAAAUAGUAGCGAUUAUCUGCUGGUCAAAAAGAUCAAGGUACUUCUUUUGUGGCCAGAAAAGACACGUCAUCAGCAAGGAUUGAAGGAGCUCGGCGUCCUACUGGAAAGAAAUCCUCCAGUGGUCGACAUCGAAACUCUUCGUACUCUAGAUACUCUCGCUGAGGCGAAAGGACAGAAUGAGCCAAGGCUACGGCAAGUAUGGCAAAGAGCCGCAGGAGUGCGCCCUCAGGAUGAAAAGCUGCACGUGGUCUGGUUUCGGUCGAAAUUCCAGGUCGGCAAUCUGAGAGCUGCACAACAGGCCUCUCAGUCUUGGAUGAAGAAUUUUCCGAAGAACCGAGAACCCUUCUUCCUCUACAUUCUCACAAUGCAUAAGCUUGCCGAAGACUCGGCCACACCGGAGUCGGAACGAACGCUGUUGCGAUCUUUGGCCUAUAAAUUCCUGUCGAAAGCUGCCUCAGAAGUUUCAGACGGGGUAGAAGGGAUCAAACCCACCAGAGCUAUCAAUAAACUGGAAGAUCUUCUACUCCUAAUCAGAGUGUAUCGAGCGCAGGGGAAAUACUCAGAAGCGGCCGCCAUCGUCAGAGGUUCUCGUAUGGGUAUGGAGUCUCCGCUCGGAAGGAAUUCAUGGGAGCUUGUCAGGCAUUUAAUCGAGUUGCUGGAAAUGAGCCAUCAAUGGGUAGAUUCAUGGCAGCUCUGCCAGCAGCUCCUAGUUGAUGCUCGUGACGAAUCUACUGAGAGGCGAUCUCAUUUGACACAUUAUCCUUUUGGUAAACUGGGAGAUGACUGGAAAGUGUGGCAGGCACUUAUCACGGCAAGCAGCAACAUCGGUACUGAAGAGCGAUCAACGAUCACGGAAAACUUGAUUAAUUCGUUCGGUACUGGCAUGCCUAGCUCUCGCAACGCUCAACUCGCUUUGCUCAAAUUCUACUCAUGCAAGGUUGCUGCACGAAAAAAUUGCCAGGAUCAAUUGCUUUCCUCGUGCUGGGAAUACUUCAAAGACUUUUCAACAAAGGUCGCCUGCUUCCAUGAUCUACAGCCAUACAUCUCAUCUUUGGACAGGGUAAAGCAAGAGAAAUUGGUCGAGCUCUCAAGUGAUAUUGCUCGAGAGAUUCGACCCGAGCCAGAGAGUUCAGAGUCAAAAAAGGUGCUGUGGAUCACAUCAGAGAUCAACGUGCUGAAGCUCGAAUAUAAUCUCGUUAUCUCGAGAGACGACAAUACGUUCAAGGAUGGCCUCCUCCAAGAAUUUGUUUGCAAUUGUCUCCGACUCUAUAGGCUUUCAUUGAAAUAUGAUCUCAAACUCCCAGUGAGCGAUCGCCUACCCGGAGAUGACGCAGCUUUGUUGGCUGCCAUGGGUCUCAUUCGUCUAUACAAAACUCGGCAAAAGUACCCAGAGCACAAUAACGCAUUGUUGCGAAGCGUUGUUGUCCUGGAACAUCUGCUCCUGCGCUCCAAACACAACUACGACGCGUUAUUGAUCCUAGUCCGGCUCUACAUAUUUCUAGGUGCAGGGUCUCUGGCCAUGGAGCGAUACUCUCGGCUGUCAAUAAAAAACCUACAACAUGCAACAGUCUCGUGGGUACUUUAUACCCGUAUAUCGACAAUGCACCCGCAUCUGGUGACCAUAUCUCGUCCGAACGGCGGAGGCCAGAUAACUAUCGACCCGGCAUUCGACAUGGCCCAAGCGUUAGACUGGCAUAAGUCUGCCUCGGAUCUCAGCAAAAGAUCUGUAACAUCGAUGCAGGAAAACGGCCAGUGGAGCAUGUCCUUGGACGCUCUCUCUACCAGCACUCAUAUCGAGUCCGGAUUCUCAAAGCUUCUGCUUCUCGUUGAGACUAAACGGAUAGCGCGCUUUGUCUCCGUGUCUCAUGAGAUCCAAAGCCUGGAUAUCAUGCUAAUUCCUCCUCGGACAAAGGAUGCCCGGGACCGAUUGGCGUUUCCAAACUACGAAGCUCAUGGCCAGCUCACAUUCGAAGAAACUCUACCCUCAGCAGGCCCAACCAUUGAUACAAACGAUAAAUGGUUGGAGCACCAACUCAGCCUGGCAAAGUUCUGGGACAUGCUCCACAACAAUGGUCAUAGCUCGAUCGAUGAGGCUGGAUUGGCUGCAAUGAAACAUAACAGCGGGUCAGACCCAAAUGCCUCUACCGACGCGGAGUCCACGAUAGGCGUGGUUCUAGAAAUCCUUCAGGAGCUAUACAUGGUCUUCUACCAAAAGCCACCAACGAUUGAAGGGAAGUUUGUCGGCGCAUGGCUUCGCAACACUGUGGACAAUCUCGAGGUGUAUAUUCCUACCGGCUCGCAGACCCUAGAGUCAAACAUGAAAGCCGGAAUGAAUGCUUCUGCACGACUGGGGAAGAGCCUGAAAAUACCGCUUUGGAGUUACUUUCAUUCUAUGUAUACCUACUUGGAGCUUUGCAAAUAUUUGAUUCCACUCCUCGACUACGUGCUUGCAGAGAAUCGCAAAUGCAAACAUGUCGAUGCCACUUGGCUGGGCUCCAAGCUAGCAAGAUUUCGAGAAGAAGGCAAAAAGCUGUCUGUCAAUGUUCGGCUCUCUGUGACAGAGCUGCGAGAUAAGCUGCGAGGCCCCGCUGUCCUUCAAGAAAUCACUGGAGAGGUAUCAAGGGUUACCAACAAAGAUGAAUUGGAGGAUGUGAUUGGGACGGAGCUCCGUUGCUUGGGGAAAGAGUCAACUAUGAUCUGCAAAGACAUACAAGAAAGCUGGAUCGAGGCAUUAGAUGGAAUCAUUACGAACCAAGGUCGCAUAAAUUGA